CAGAUCCAUCCUGGGGACCAGUGCAGGAGCGGUCCUCUCAGCUCCCAGCCUCUGCCCAGGCUCCCGCUUCUUCUUUGCCGCUGGGCCUCGGCCCAGGAGCCACGACGGGCGACACGGAGCCGCCAGUGCUGGAGGGGGAGCCGUGGGUGCGGGGCAGCGUGGGGGCAGAAGCCCCGGGACGCCCGCCCGGCCCCAGGCCCCGUUCCGCCCGAGCACCCCCACGGGUGCCCCCUCCUUCCUGGUCCGAGCAGUGUGAGUGUGCCCGGGAGCCUGGCGGCGGCGGCGGUGUGGAAACCAGCGUGGGCUGGGGGGUCCGGGCGGCGGGGGGCAGUGCCAUGCACAAGCACCAGCACUGCUGUAAGUGCCCCGAGUGCUAUGAGGUGACCCGCCUGGCUGCCCUGCGGCGCCUGGAGCCUCCUGGCUAUGGGGACUGGCAGGUGCCGGACCCCUAUGGGCCAGGUGGGGGCAACGGAGCCAGCGCGGGCUAUGGGGGCUACAGCUCGCAGACCCUGCCCUCCCAGGCUGGGGCUACCCCCACCCCCCGCACUAAGGCCAAGCUCAUCCCCACCGGCCGGGAUGUGGGGCCAGUGCCCCCUAAGCCAGUCCCGGGCAAGAGCACCCCCAAACUCAACGGCAGUGGCCCCAGCUGGUGGCCCGAGUGCACCUGUACCAACCGGGACUGGUAUGAGCAGGUGAACGGCAGCGAUGGCAUGUUCAAGUAUGAGGAAAUAGUACUUGAGCGGGGCAAUUCGGGCCUGGGCUUCAGCAUUGCAGGGGGCAUUGACAACCCGCAUGUCCCCGAUGACCCCGGCAUCUUUAUCACCAAGAUCAUUCCUGGUGGAGCUGCCGCCAUGGACGGGAGGCUGGGGGUGAAUGACUGUGUGCUGAGGGUGAAUGAGGUGGACGUGUCGGAGGUGGUGCACAGCCGGGCCGUGGAGGCACUGAAGGAGGCCGGCCCCGUGGUGCGCUUGGUGGUGCGGAGGAGACAGCCCCCACCUGAGACCAUCAUGGAGGUCAACCUGCUCAAAGGGCCCAAAGGCCUGGGUUUCAGCAUUGCUGGGGGGAUUGGCAACCAGCACAUCCCAGGAGACAACAGCAUCUAUAUCACCAAGAUCAUUGAGGGGGGUGCUGCUCAGAAGGACGGACGCCUACAGAUCGGGGACCGGCUGCUGGCGGUGAACAACACCAAUCUGCAGGAUGUGAGGCACGAGGAAGCCGUGGCUUCACUGAAGAACACGUCUGAUAUGGUCUACCUAAAGGUGGCCAAGCCGGGCAGCCUCCACCUCAACGACAUGUAUGCACCCCCUGACUACGCCAGCACUUUUACUGCCUUGGCUGACAACCACAUAAGCCAUAAUUCCAGCCUGGGUUACCUUGGGGCUGUGGAGAGUAAGGUCAGCUACCCUGCUCCUCCUCAGGUUCCCCCUGCCCGUUACUCUCCAAUCCCUAGGCACAUGCUGGCUGAGGAGGACUUCACCAGAGAGCCCCGCAAGAUCAUCCUGCACAAGGGCUCCACAGGCCUGGGCUUCAACAUCGUAGGAGGAGAGGAUGGAGAAGGCAUUUUUGUCUCCUUCAUCCUGGCAGGAGGCCCAGCUGACCUGAGUGGGGAGCUGCGCAGGGGAGACCGGAUCUUAUCGGUGAAUGGUGUGAACCUGAGGAAUGCAACUCACGAGCAGGCUGCGGCUGCUCUGAAACGGGCUGGCCAGUCCGUCACCAUUGUGGCCCAGUACAGACCUGAAGAGUACAGUCGCUUUGAAUCGAAGAUACAUGACUUGCGAGAACAAAUGAUGAACAGCAGCAUGAGCUCUGGUUCUGGGUCCCUCCGAACAAGUGAGAAGAGGUCUUUGUAUGUCAGGGCCCUGUUUGAUUAUGAUCGAACUCGGGACAGCUGCCUGCCAAGCCAGGGGCUCAGCUUCUCUUAUGGUGACAUUCUGCACGUCAUUAAUGCGUCUGAUGAUGAGUGGUGGCAGGCGAGACUGGUGACCCCGCAUGGAGAGAGCGAGCAAAUCGGUGUGAUCCCCAGUAAGAAGAGGGUGGAAAAGAAAGAAAGAGCUCGAUUGAAAACCGUGAAGUUCCAUGCCAGGACGGGGAUGAUUGAGUCUAACAGGUCGAUCAAAACGAAACGUAAAAAGAGUUUCCGCCUCUCUCGAAAGUUUCCAUUUUACAAGAGCAAAGAAAACAUGGCCCAGGAGAGCAGCAUACAGGAACAGGGAGUGACAUCCAACACCAGUGACAGCGAAAGCAGUUCCAAAGGACAAGAGGAUGCGAUUUUGUCCUAUGAGCCAGUGACACGGCAAGAAAUUCACUAUGCAAGGCCUGUGAUCAUCCUGGGCCCGAUGAAGGACAGAGUCAACGAUGACCUGAUCUCGGAGUUCCCGCAUAAAUUUGGCUCCUGUGUACCACAUACCACUCGGCCUCGGCGUGAUAAUGAGGUGGAUGGACAAGACUACCACUUUGUGGUCUCCCGAGAACAGAUGGAGAAGGAUAUUCAGGACAACAAGUUCAUUGAAGCAGGCCAAUUUAACGAUAAUCUCUAUGGGACCAGCAUCCAGUCAGUGCGGGCAGUUGCAGAGAGGGGCAAGCACUGCAUCUUAGAUGUUUCCGGCAAUGCUAUCAAGAGGCUGCAGCAAGCACAACUUUACCCCAUUGCCAUUUUCAUCAAGCCCAAGUCCAUUGAAGCACUUAUGGAGAUGAACCGACGGCAGACAUACGAACAAGCAAAUAAGAUCUUUGAUAAAGCCAUGAAACUGGAGCAGGAGUUUGGAGAAUACUUCACAGCCAUUGUACAGGGUGACUCACUGGAAGAGAUUUAUAACAAGAUCAAACAAAUCAUCGAGGACCAGUCUGGGCACUACAUUUGGGUCCCAUCCCCUGAGAAACUCUGAAGAAUCCCCACCAAGCACUCUCUUGUGAACAGAAGACAUCAAGUCCCUCUUCCCUCCUCCCUCUUCAUUCCUGUCCCCACCAGGAGAACAAAUGACUACUGUUCUUGUCCCCUUUUUUAGAUAUGUCCCCAAAAUUGAGUUUUCUAGUCCUGUUUUGUUUUUUUAAAUUUUCAUUUGGUUUUAGUUUAUUUUGGGGGAUGAUGCCAUCUCACUCAUCACGUGACUCUGCCCAUUCCUGCAUGGACCUUUCCCAAGCGCUAGCACAGGAGCAAAUCCAUCAGAGUCAUUGUUUUCAUAAAAACCAAGCAGAAGCGAAGAGACGAGAGGAGGACUGCUGGAAAGCCAGGCUCCGGACAGCUGCACGGCUUGUGAAGCAAGCUCCGUGUGCCGCGUGCCGAGAGGCUCCCGGGCAUUUCUGCCUCUCCCGCUGCUUUCACGCAGCGCUGAACGGUGCAACGUAUGGCGACAGAAAGUAUCUUAUUUAUAUAUAGAUAUAUAUAUGUAAUUUAUAUAAAAUAUAUAGAAAUUAUUAUAUAUAUAUAUUAUACACUCUCAUAUAAUAUAUAUAUAUUCACACACAUUUGGACUAGAAAAUCUAUGGAGACUUCAUCAAUGGUACUGUGUUAUUAGAGAAAUGCUUUAAUUUUCAUAUUCCAAUCAGAUGGCAUCUUCUAUCCCAACUGGUUGGGGAGGGAUUGAAAGUGGUAGUAAUUACUGUACCAAGGGCACUUGUUUCUGGUCAUUCUCUCGAAAGCUGAGGUUUUCUCUAGGAUGGGUCAGCCGGUGGGCCUCGGCUCUGGGGGGUGAGAAGGUGGGAGAAGGGACCCUGAGGCAGCUGCCGCCUGCCGCCCGGGAGGCACAGUCGGUCCAGGGGGACGGAAAGCGAGAGAAUGGCCAACAGUGCUCCCGAUGACAUUGCCUAUUGUUUCCUGCCACCUGAUGUGUCUGCAUGAGAGGUUUCCUUUUUGUUCAUUUUUAAGCUGCUGUUAAACCAAAACCAUGUUGUGCUACCGUGUCAGCCUUUUCAUUAUUCCAAAUUUUACUUUUACUAUUUAA